AUGAGCAAAAAGUUCAAGUCCCAGGCCUCCAGCAGUCGCGCUGCUGCGACUGCCUUUGGUACAUUUGGAGGCUUCUCUGGACUUUCCAGCCACGGAAAGGAGCCGUCCAGUCUCACAUACAUUGCACCUCCGCCAGAUCUUUCUCGCAUUGCGGACCAACAAUUAGUUAUCGCGUUCAAGAAUUUACUGAAGAAAGAUGAGAUUACACGCAUGAAGGCAGUGGAGGAUCUACAAGACCAUGUCUUAAGUGUAGCGGAGAGGAAUGCGACUCUGGAUGAUGGGUUCUUAGACGCAUGGGUCAAGAUUUACCCCAGACUUUCAAUCGAUCUAUCUCGCAGAGUUCGCCAACUUGCUCAUCCGAUCCAGGGUACAAUUGCCGGCCUUGUCGGAAAGCGGAUCGUGCCCAACUUACCCAAAAUCAUCGGAGCAUGGAUCGCCGGAAUUUAUGACAAUGAUCGACCAACACAUCGUUCUGCCCUUGAUUCAUUUACGAGCGUGUUUCCCACGGAAGAGAAGAGAAACAAUGUAUGGAAGAUCUAUCAGGCAUCCAUUUUGAACUUCGUCGAUGAUGUCAUUCUUCAUCAAACUGCCUUGACGCUGAGCGACGAGAGGACAGUGAAGAGGGAUGAUGCCGAAGGGAAGUAUGCUCGUGUGGUGGGGGCCGCAGUUUUGCUCUUUAACCGUGUACUAGCCAAUUCCGUCGACGAAGAAUUGGAGAAAAACCUUCCCGAGAUAGAGAAUCUAUUAGGCAGCAAGGAAUUAUGGGCACUCUGCUAUCACGAUGACCCAUACGUUCGCCGGUCCAUGUACAUCCUGCUUCGAUCUGCGAUUUCCCGAGAGCCUGGAUGGGUUGACUGGAAAACUGUCAGUUCAGCUGUCAUUGGAAAAUCCUUGUCUCUCCAGCAGAUUGGAUCCGCCUCCGAACUGUCGGAGUCGCUCCUUCUCAUGACCUCGUUGAGGCCCCAAGUAUGGACGGAUGAUUACACGGGCAAAACAUCUGCAUCAAGGAGGUUGCGCCAAUACAUGCAGAAAGGAUCCCAAGGUGGAUCUGGUAGCUACUGGUCAAAUCUUGACCAAUUGCUUCGAAACAUUCCCCAUGAAGUCCUUGCAGGUGCCGACAAGGAUACUGCUGAUCAAGGAAUAACUUUAACGAGCGCAAUCGCUUUAACUGAUUCUUUACGAGAAGGCCUCAACUCGAGAGAAGAGCCCCGUCAAAAUCUCACUGCGGGAUGGAACUCCUAUAUCCAGAUAGGAAGGUGGCUCGCGACUUUGGUUCCCCAAGAGCAAAAGUCCGAAUUCAUUGACAAGUGUCUUUCUCCCUUGGUGGUGCACUAUGUGCGGAUCGAUCCAGAAUCAACGCAAUGGUCACUUCCUUUCCAGUCAGCCGAAGGGACUUGCGCGAACUAUCUCUCCACUCUAGCUUCCACUGGACAAGUUCAGGAGGUGCAGUCUCUCUGUACAUCUCUCUCUAAUGGACUGCUAGAAGCUGUGAAGCUGUCAUCCCCAGAGCAAUCGAAGGACUUCCGUGAAUCUCAAGACUCAAUAUGCGCCCAAUCGAAGCGGUUUUUGAAUCUGAAGUCUGCUAUACUUAAGCGGGUUGCAGAUACCGAUGUGGAGCCUCCAUUAUCAAGGACAUUCGAAAUUACGACGACGUUGCUUCUCGAGGGUUGCAUUGAAGUUCUGCGCAACCGUAAUGGCAAGCCUUACGGAGCCGCCGCUGCGGUAGAGGAGUGUGUCCGGAGCAUGCCAUCUGUCGCAAAAAAUUCGGAAAGCCUUCAACGAUUCGUCCAGGAUGAUAUACCGGAGCUUCUGCUCUCUCCGUCUGCUGGUCAAUUAAUUUCGACCAUGCUAGAAUGUCGGAAGUGGGAUGAAUUUGCUUCCAGCUUCGAGAACGUCGUUGAGCGGGCGCUGGCGCUUGAGCCAGAGCAGUCAAAUGUACACGUACUGCAAAGCUUGCUGUCCUCCCUCAAUUUCGACGAUGCUAAGCACAAAGACAAGCUCAACUACCUUGUUGUGCAGGCUCUUACUAAAGCUUGCAACGGAAGCCACGCUCAUUGGCCUAUCAUUACCACAGUUCUCCUGAACAAAACGUCGCGCGGUGAACUGUCGGAGCGGAUAUUUUUGUCUUUGAUUGAUGCAUUAUCCGUGGACGACAAAGUGAUGGAUACCUUGCACGGAAUCUCUCAUAUUGGAAGGAGUGCACCAUCUUCAGUUCGGGAAUUCCAGGGUGGAGCUCAUGGGUCAAAAUUAGCAGGAAAGCUGCUCUUCCUCACAGAGUCACCAUCUGAAGAGGUCGCAAGCUCGGCGGAAGCGUUGCUGAAAUCAUUGAAAGAGUCCGGUCUUGGCGAGGUGGGUGGCAGAUCAGGUAUCGAAAUUCUCCAACAUGCAUUCAAUCAUGUGGAUGCGGAAUCGUUGUCGAUUGAAUCACUCCUUGCUAUCGCUGAUGAGUUGCUGCCUACUCUUACGGCCGAGGCUGCAACUGGUACGGUCAAAGAUGUUCUACCCUCCCGCCUUGCGUGGGAGGAAUCUUUGUCGCCGUUCCUUCAACUUCCCCCUCGGCCUUCCGUCGCUAUCACAAGUCCUUUAGGGGGCGUGGUCCACUUGGUACAGCGUGAGCUGUCUGACUCCUUCAAGGCGCUAUGGCCGACUAUCCCUCGUGAUUCCGACCACCGCUCGUCUGCAUUUCGCCUGGCAGCCUUUACCAUUAGCGUCCUGACCACUUCGGAUAUCGUGAAAAAUCUUGACCAGGAGUCCCUAGAGACUUUGUUCUAUUUCUUGCCCUUGGCAAUCCAACUCAUAGAUGACGAUCUGAGCAUUGAAAACUGCAACGGAAUUUCAGGCCUUGAGCUCGCUGAUCAGCGCGAAGAGUACUUAGAAAUUGUCUUCAGUGGCCGAAAGAUGGUCGGUGAAUGGCUUCGCAACAAUGAACCACUCAGCUUUGCACCUGAAAAAUCCAUUUCAUCAUUGUUUGUCGAGAGCUGGGAAACCAGACUGGACGGAUUACAGGGCACCUCUCCCCUAGACUAUCGCGUUGGCGAAGUCUUUGUGAAGAUCAUGACCAUCACAGAUUCAUUGCAAAGAACUAAAUCAUCGGAUGACGUUGGAAAGAUCUGCAGGGAAGCCCGAACAGCGAACCCCAUCCGUUCUGCAUCCUGGUUUGCAGUGCUGCGAAGCCCUAUCCUUUCAAACCCUAUUGGGAACAGAAUUUGUAAUGAGUUGGUUGCCGAUUCGACUGGUCUCAAGGCCCAGGAUGCCUCCAAGGGCGGAUUCCGAAAGCUGGCCCUGUUGAAUAUCAUAUUGUCAGGUGAAGAUGAGGUUGUCAGUGACAUUCCGACCCAGCGUCUGGUCUUCCUCACUAAAAACUUGAUUGAAUGUCUCCAAUCUGGCUCGAUGCCUUCUGGUUUGACUUCAGAAGUGAUCAAAACCUUGUCUUUUGUUCUGCCAGCUCUCAGUGAGAUAUACGGAUCUCACUGGGAGGAAACGAUGAACAUUCUGGGCUCGGUAUUGCGAGACACCAAUGGAGGGGAAGAGGGUCUACCAUUGCUGGUGUCAUCUUUCAGACUCUUCGCACGGUUGAAGUCUAUUGCGGAAAGUGACAGCAACGACGAUGUGCAAGAUGCCUGGUCAGAUCUAAAAACCGGGCUAUUCAACUCCUUGGUCUCCACUAUUGACACGUUUGAUUCCUCGACGACCUUCCAUCAACCCCGUGAUGUUGCGGUUGAGUUAUUACGACGCUUGAUCACCACCAUUCCCGUUGACAAGUUAGAGGAUGUUAGCGAAACUUUCCAUCUUCUGACUGCACACAGUCGAGCAGUUCAGCGAACUGCCUACACGAUUCUCCAUCACUACAUCCCCCAUGCCCAGGAAAAGGUAUCUUUUGAACUGGCUCUAUCAAAGACUACAGUCAGCCUUCCCGAUGAGCUCAUAUCUCUAUUACUCGAACCACCAACAAUGCAGAUGGUCUCUGCUGCUUAUGGAGAUGACAAGAUGUGGACUACUGUGCGUUCGUACCUUCUCAGCUGGAAGGUAGUAUUUGAUCAUUUCUCGAAUGCUUCGCUCCCUGUCCAGGAAUACUACUCAACGAACAUCAGGGAAAACAACAUUCUUAUCCCACUGCUGGAGUUCACGUUUGACUUCCUCCAAAGAUCGCAUGGAAAGAUGAUCGAUGCAUCCAAACUCGAUAUUCAAUCAUUCGAGCCGGAUCAAUGCGAAAGUGCCGAAAAGGAGACUCAGUGGCUUCUCGUGCAUCUGUACUAUCUGUGCCUGAGGUACUCUGGAAAUAUGACCAAAAACUGGUGGAUUGACACCAAGAAACGCAUCAAGGGGCCCGUGGAAGCCUGGACAGAGAAAUACAUCUCCCCGCUUGUAAUUGAGGACGCUCUCAAGAGUGUGACCGACUGGAUUGCCACCCAGGAUGCCAACGAAGAACGGGCACUGGACGUGAAGAUCUCUCCUAAAACGGGCGAGAUCAUUGCCAGCAUUCUUGUCGAUGAGGAAUCACCCCCAGUCGCCAUUUCCAUCACGCUUCCUCCCGCGUAUCCACUUCAGUCCGCUUUGGUUGUUGGUCGUAGUCGCGUGCUUGUGGAUGAGAAGAAGUGGAAGAGCUGGCUGCUGAUCAUCCAGGGAGUGAUUAUGUUUGCUAAUGGCAACCUGGUGGACGGAUUGCUGGCUUUCCGAAAGAACGUUCAAGGUGCUCUGAAGGGCCAUAGCGAGUGUGCCAUCUGUUACUCUGUUAUCUCAACAGACAUGCAGACACCAAACAAGCGCUGUGCCACGUGCAAGAACUGCUUCCACUCGGUUUGCCUGUUCCGCUGGUUCAAGAGCAGCAACCAGAGCACUUGUCCUCUUUGCCGCAACAACUUUGUGUAUGUUUAA